AUGUCAGACCCUUUCAAAGCCCGUACGUUGAAGAGGAAGAACGUCAAAGGUCUGGCUUUGAAUGCUCCGGCCCCGCGAACAGCCCCGUCGGAUGGGGAUGCACAAAUCCCGGGUGCGUUGGGCAACUCCGAGAGUGACCGGACCGACACUCUAGAGAUUGGUUUGGAAUUCAAGUUGGACUUGAGAAGCGAGGAUUUGGUGGUACUGAAAGAACUCGGUGCGGGAAAUGGAGGCACUGUCAGCAAAGUCAUGCACGCAUCGACCAAGGUCAUCAUGGCAAGAAAGAUCAUCCGAGUCGACGCCAAAGAAAACGUUCGGAAACAAAUCGUCAGAGAACUACAAGUCGGACAUGAUUGCAGCUCUCCGUACGUGAUUACGUUUUAUGGGGCAUUCCAGAACGAAGCUCGCGACAUCGUGUUAUGUAUGGAAUAUAUGGACUGCGGGUCUUUGGACCGUAUAUCGAAAGAUUUCGGGCCAAUACGCGUUGAUGUGCUUGGAAAGAUCACGGAGUCCAUAUUAGGUGGUCUAGUGUAUCUCUAUGAGGCACAUCGCAUCAUGCAUCGAGACAUCAAGCCGUCAAAUGUGCUGGUCAAUUCUAGAGGCAUGAUCAAACUUUGUGACUUUGGUGUUGCAACCGAAACUGUCAACUCAGUAGCCAAUACAUUUGUGGGAACUUCAACAUACAUGGCGCCCGAACGGAUUCAGGGUGGUGCCUACACAAUUAAAUCAGAUGUGUGGAGUGUCGGGCUGACGGUCAUGGAACUUGCCAUCGGAAGAUUCCCCUUCGACGCAAGCGAUUCAGCUGCUGGAGAUCGAGCGAGUGCAGGACCGAUGGGUAUUUUGGACCUCUUGCAACAGAUUGUUCACGAACCUGCGCCAAAGCUACCUAAAAGCGAAGCAUUCCCUGGCAUACUGGAUGAUUUCAUUGCCAAGUGUUUACUGAAAAGCCCGGAUGAACGACCAACUCCUCGGGAACUAUACGACCGAGAUAACUUUCUGCAGGCGGCUAAGCGAACGCCGGUCGAUCUGCAGGAGUGGGCAGUGGCAAUGAUGGAUCGACACAAUCGGAAAUCAUAUUUGGCACCUCCAGCGCCCAAGUCUCUCAAGAGCGAUGGAACGACAUCAGAUUCAUCGUAUGCGACGUCUGCAACAUCCACCGCGUCUUUUACAAGUGACAGCCGAGCAACACCAGUCACAGCAAGGAAGUACGCCAGUCCCACUUCUGGAGACAUUCCUUUAGCUGCGCCACAAUUUGCAUUUGCACCGCCAGCUCAACAGACACCGACUGGGAUAGUAGAAAGAUCACCGCCUCCACCUCUGUCUUUACAACAUUUGUCCCUUGAGACCAGGGAUGCCCCAAGCGGGCUGGGGUCUCGGUCCAAUCGCCUCGGAUACAACGACAGAGACAACAUUCCUGAACCAGCUUCAGCCAUCGAACCUUCCGGGAGACCAAUGUUUCCACCACGGACGAGUUCCAAUGGAUCCGCGAUUUCGAGUCGGAGUCAUCUUGCCAGUCCUGCGCUGUCCGUUAGACCACCUCCACCUACGGGACCCCUGCCCCCGCCGCCGAUGAAAGACUUACCUGCCCCUCCAGCGCUACGAAGUGCUGGGAUUGCAAGUCCGCGGAGGCCACGAUGA